UCGAAUGCAGUGAUUUGAGUGUUUGUUAUUCUUUAAAAAAUUGUCGUAAAUAAAGAAAUGUGUUAAACAUUGUAUAUCUAUGGAAUGGAUUAAACUUUAUAAUUAAGUGUGUGUUUUAUUUUACAGUUAAACUGUUGACAGCUGUUCAACUUCUAAACAAAUUUUUAUCGGAGUAUCGCAUUUUUGUAAAGUUUUUUGAUCAACUGUUUCAGUGUAAGACUACCUAUGCAGGUCAUUUAUAAAUAUAGUGAAACUCAUUCAAAAGGUUUUGGAUUUUGAUAAUAGGACAAAAUGUAGAUACAGAUUUCAUUUCAACACAAUAGAGGGUAUUUGAAGAGAGUCUUAACACCAUGAUAAAGAAGAAUAAAAUGAUAAGUCCAACAUAACGAAAAUGGAAAUGAUGAUAUUAACCCAAUAAGCAUGACUAAUUCGGAUUUAUAUAGCUUCAAGUAAAACAAACUGAAUUUAAGAAACUGUUAUAUAACAAUUGUGAACACACUAGGUUAAAACCUCCAGUGACAUAGACCGGAAGACAUCACAAUGAACGGUCACGAGGUCACAACACAUGACGAGGUUCCGCGAGAGUUCGAUUCCAUCGAGCGCGAGGCGGCCAAGUAUGCCGGCCGUUCCCACCGGCGUCACUCGGCCGCAGUGUUCACACAGACGCUAAAGCCGGCGAACGGGUUCCACCGGCGGCCGCUGGAGCUGUAUCUCGUGCGGGUCUACCCCGCUUGCCGAGCGGUCUGGUUCUACCUCCUACAGCACAAUAUACCACACAUCUUGGUGGACGUGGACUUCUCACAGGGCGAAGCACGGCUCCCGGAAGUAGUGCGGCGGCAGCCACACAGGGAAGUGCCCAUCCUUGUGGAUGGAGAGUUCGUUAUCUUUGACGGACCGGCUAUCCUGGCCUACCUGGGAUCAAACUACACAGACCACGCCGGUUACGGCUUUACCCUCCAGGCGCGCCUCACCACCGAGUCGCUUCUAUCAUGGGCGAACGCCGAGCUGCACAGGUGUGUCGGGUUUAACUACACAUACCCCCAAUUUUUGGACAAAUAUUCACUUCCGGAUGCGCGCGCAAACGAGGCUCUGGUGGAGCAAGGUCUUAAGCAGCUUGGCCGCCACCUAGAGCUGCUUGAGAAAAAAUACCUGGAGAGCAAGCCUUUUCUGACAGGAAAUCGGCCUACUAUUGCAGACACAUACGUGGCAACGGUACUCGUGCAAGUUGAGUGGUCGGGCACCCACCUCGCCAUGUGGCCACACGUGGAAAAGUGGCUGGGACGCGUGAAAAACCAGGUACAUUGGGACACCGUUCAUUCUGCACACAAUAUGUACCUUAACGAGCUGGAGAGGUGUUCCCUGAUGGAUUAAUGAAUUCUUAUCAUACUUGAUUAAUUAUUACUAAUUAACAACAUGGACAUACAUUGAACAC